AUGAAAGCUUUCAUGCAUAAUACAUCUCUUCAUGGAGUUAAAUAUCUCAUUGAUUCAUCGAUAUCUGUCGCAGAAAAAGUCGUAUGGUGUUUAGCAAUAAUGUUAGCUGUAGCAGCGACAACUUACUGUUGCUUUAAGUUACACAUGAGAUACCAAAGAAAUCUGCUUUCAACUGUUUUCGAAACAACAGGAUUUAGAGUUUCUGAUAUUCCAUUUGCAGCUGUUACAUUGUGUAACAAUAAUAGAAUAAAUUACAACAAAACAGAUUCUCUACUGAGAAAAUUUCUUCCAAAUGCUGACAAAAAUCAAUCAGAAAUCUUCAUUAAGUUUCUUCAUGUAUUGCAGAACCUUGAAUACGGUUCAUUUGAUGAGUUUGAUGUGAUUGAACAAGACAAUGUCACGUUCAUGGACAACUUUAAUCUAUCAGAAAUCUAUAAAUUCAUGAUGUUCGAUUGUGAAGACUUUUUCGUUUCAUGCCAGUGGAUGAGAAAGAAAGUUAAAUGUUGCGACAUAUUUUCCAUACAAAUUAACGAAUAUGGGAUUUGUUGGUCUUUCAACUCUCUUAGCAGUUUAGGAACGGGUUAUGUCAAUAAAUCUGCAAACUUUCCAUGGCAUGUUUCAAAAGAAGGUCCGAAAAGUGCAUUAGAAGUUUCUUUAAAUACUAAUCCUGAAACAAGCGUCAAUCGUUUAAAAAUUACUAAUAGUCAUCCAGGAGUCAUAGUGAUGAUUCAACAUCCUUCAGAAUGGCCCAAAAAUGCACGAUUUAUAGCUGUCGGAACAUCAACAGGUUUAGUCAUCAAACCAACUGUUUAUACAACAUCAGACGAUGUUCAAUUUUUAAAACCAAUUGAACGUCAAUGCAAUUAUCCUGUGAGCUCUGCACAUCUUAAUAAAUUUUGUCAUUGUUCAGUGGCAUUUUUCUUUCCAUCUUUUGACUAUCCUGAAUGUAAUUUAGACUACAUAAAACCUGUGACGAUGAAUGAGUAUUUUGAUGAUACGGAAGAAGGGAUUAUUUGCGAUUGUCUUCCUGAAUGUUCACGAAUUGUGUACACAUCCGAAGCAACACCAAUUUUUGAUGAAAAAUCUAUAAAAUCUAAUCUAGUCCUACUCGACACAUCUACUAUGGAAGUCAAACGAUGA